GUCCGGGGCGGGGCUUUGGCGUGGGCGGGGCUUUCUCGAGUUCCGGAGUCGAGUGGCUUCCCUUGGCCGGAGUGGAGAUGCAGCCGCCGCCCCGAAAAGUGAAGCCGUCCCAGGAGGUGAAGCUUCGCUUCCUGGAGCAGCUGAGCAUCCUUCAGACCCGGCAGCAGAGGGAGGCGGAUCUGCUGGAGGACAUCAGGUCCUACAGCAAGCAGAGGGCAGCCAUUGAACGGGAAUAUGGACAGGCACUCCAGAAACUGGCUGGGCCAUUCCUGAAGAGGGAAGGUCACCGGAGUGGGGAGAUGGACAGCAGGAUGGUGUUUGGUGCCUGGCGCUGCCUGCUGGAUGCCACCGUGGCUGGGGGCCAAGCCCGGCUUCAGGCAUCCGACCGAUACCGUGACCUGGCAGGGGGCACAGGGCGGAGUGCCAAGGAGCAGGUGCUCAGGAAGGGAGCAGAGAACCUCCAGAGGGCGCAAGCUGAGGUGCUGCAGUCUAUCCGGGAGCUGAGCCGAAGUCGGAAGCUGUAUGGCCAGCGAGAACGUGUGUGGGCCUUGGCACAGGAGAAGGCGGCUGAUGUCCAGGCUAGACUGAACCGAAGUGACCACGGGCUCUUUCACACUCGGACCAGUCUCCAGAAACUCAGCACCAAGCUGUCUGCCCAGUCAGCCCAGUACUCCCAGCAGCUGAGAGCAGCCCGCAAUGAGUACCUGCUCAACUUGGUGGCCACCAAUGCCCACCUUGACCACUACUACCAGGAGGAAUUGCCAGCCCUGCUCAAGGCCCUGGUCAGUGAGCUGUUGGAACACUUGAGGGACCCCCUGACCUUGCUAAGCCGCACUGAGCUGGAAGCUGCAGAGAUGGCCCUGGAGCAUGCCCGCCGUGGAGGGCAGGCAACCUCCCAGGUAAGCUGGGAGCAGGAUCUGAAGCUCUUUCUUCAGGAGCCUGGAGUAUUUUCUCCCACACCACCUCAGGAGUUUCAGCCUGCAGGGGCUGAUCAGGUGUGUGCCCUGGAGCUGGAGGAGGGCGCAGGAGGCGUGGCAGGGGACUGUGGCCUGGAGAAAGAGGUUCAGCGCUGGACGAGCCGAGCUGCCCGAGACUACAAGAUCCAGAACCAUGGGCAUCGGGUGCUGCAGCGGCUGGAGCAGAGGCGACAGCAGGCUCCAGAGCGGGAGGCUCCAGGUAUAGAUCAGCGGCUACAGGAAGUGAGGGAGAGCAUCCGGCGGGCACAGGUGAGCCAGGUGAAGGGGGCUGCCCGGCUGGCCCUGCUACAAGGAGCUGGCCUCGAUGUGCAGCGCUGGCUGAAGCCCGCCAUGACCCAGGCCCAGGAUGAGGUGGAGCAGGAGCGACGGCUCAGUGAGGCCCGGCUGUCCCAGAGGGACCUCUCUCCCACGGCUGAGGAUGCUGAGCUCUCUGACUUUGAGGAAUGUGAGGAGACAGGGGAGCUCUUUGAGGAGCCUGCCCCGGCAGCCUUGGCCACUAGGCCCCUCCCCUGCCCUGCACAUGUGGUGUUCAGCUAUCAGGCAGGGCAUGAGGAUGAGCUGACUAUCACAGAGGGCGAGUGGCUGGAGGUCAUAGAAGAGGGAGAUGCUGAUGAAUGGGUCAAGGCUCGAAACCAGCACGGCGAGGCAGGCUUUGUCCCUGAACGGUAUCUCAACUUCCCGGACCUCUCCUUCCCUGAGAGUGGCCACGACAGCGACAAUCCCUCAGGGGCAGAGCCCACAGCCUUCCUGGCCCGUGCCCUAUACAGCUACACAGGACAGAGUGCAGAGGAGCUGAGCUUCCCCGAGGGGGCGCUUAUCCGCCUGCUGCCCCGGGCCCAGGAUGGAGUGGAUGAUGGCUUCUGGAGGGGAGAAUUCGGGGGCCAUGUGGGGGUUUUCCCCUCCCUGCUAGUGGAGGAGCUGCUUGGCCCCCCAGGACCCCCUGAACUCUCAGACCCUGAACAGAUGCUGCCAUCCCCUUCUCCUCCUAGUUUCUCACCUCCUGUGCCCACCUCUGCCUUGGAUGGAGCCCCUGCACCUGUGCUGCCUGUGGACCAAGACCUGGACUGCCCUGGACCCCUGGACAUGAUGGUACCUCGACUCAGGCCGAUGCGUCCACCGCCUCCCCCACCAGCUAAAGCCCCGGAUCCUGGCCACCCGGAUUCUCUCACCUGAAGCCAGGAGGAUUGCUGUCCCCCCAGUGAUGCUGCUGUCCCUAUUCCUAUGAUGUCAGAGACCACCCCCUCAAUG